UUGAAAAAUCCUGACAUCCGCUGUUUCUGGCACAACACAGGCAAAUUCUUCAUUGAAAACCACUGAUUCGACUGCUGAAAUCUUUCAGUUAUUCCAAGCUCUAAAACAUGGAUCAGGUCUCGAGUCUUCCUAAUUUCCUACAAGUUUCUCAAAAACCAAAACAUACCAUCAAAGACCGCAAUGGAGAAAAAGUUGUCCUCGAAUCUCUGUCACCAAAAGCGCUCGUGUACGUCCAAGACUGCAAAAACUGCGAGUUUGAAGUCGAAAAGAAGGUUAUGAAAGUCAUCGUUGAUGGCUGCAAAGACUGUGUGUUCAACAUCAAAAGUAAUUUAUUGUCAGGGAUGGUGGAGUUUAUAAAAUGUGAGAAUAUAGUGGUUAAUAUGAGGGGGGAUGUCAAGAUCUGGACAAUGACUGUAGAUGGGUCAAAAAACUUCCWCGUUAAUGCAGAAAACAAUGACCAGUUUGAAUCUAUCUACAUACAUCAUUGCAGUGCAUUCCAAGUCACUGUAGACACAGGUAGCCCAAGCACAUUUUCUGCAGACAUAAAUGAUGACCCAGAAAGGCAAUAUGUCAUUCAUUGGGAGAAGGAACAAGAAACCAAGAAACUGGUAUGUGAGAAGGUUGUAAGGGAUGGAAUCUACCCAACUACAGAGAAAGCACUGGCAGAAACCAUUGCAAAGGAAAAAGAGAUGAGUGARAAAAUGGCAAAAAUGAUGGUCGACAGCAUCAAAAUUACUAAAAAAGAMCCAAAGCCAAGUGGUAUAUAAAUAAUGCACCAUGAAGGCUAAUGACCUGGGAAUGAUCUCAUUCUCGUGUCGACAAAAGCACAAUAAUUUUUGAAGGAUUGAUAAAGUGUCUUUAAAACACAUUAAUUUGUAUUAUGUCAUUGAAAAAUUUGGGUUGCUGGAAAUUUUUAUUGCCAAUAGUACAGUCUUAUUGCACACAUGUUUUCAUUUUGGGAAAGGAUCCUGAAACUCUUGCAAGGGAGACUAGAUCUAUUGAGGACACCUUUCAAAUUAUGCUAUUUUUUGUUUAUUAUUGAAAUAGCUAAAUGAUGACAAGUAUUUGUUUCUGAAGUACCAUAAAGAAAUUAUAGUAAAUUCAAGCUGACAAUUUUAAAACUUGUUAAUAUCAGAAAAGAUUUUCUUUUAUGUAUUAAAACUAUGAAACCAACAAAAUCUUUUGUUUAUUGAAUGAUUUGUUUAAGAAUUCAAACACAUAUGAAAUCAUUAGUAUCAAUGGAGCAUGCAUCUCAUACAUGUAGAUAUUGUUUGGAAGUUUGCAUAAGGCUUUAUACUGACUCAAGAUAUUGGCCAAAUUAUAUAUUUAGCUAUUUCAAAAAAGAGAAAUCUAAACAAACUCUACUUGCAUGGGACUACUGGUGGAGUCGAUUUCCAGCCACUUACUAAAGGUUAUAUUCAUAUGUUUAUAAUAUAUUUGCUUGGUUA